GUCCGUUCUCCAGACGCAGCAGCUCGGCUGGUCUACGCCUAUUCCCGGCCAACCACCCUAUCCCCCAGAGAGAAAAGAAAGAAUACAUGGGACACAACGAAAGAUAAAGUAUCCUAGCUUGUAGUUUAGAUUUAUCCAGGACAAUCCGAGCGGAUAUCCAUCGACACAGAAAGAAACCCCGCCUUUACUCGUCUCGCGGUCUCUCAACUUCUCCCACCUACUCUUUCUUUUUAUCUCAAUCCUUCUUUCUAUUAAAAUUGUUUUUGACUGGAUGGAAAGAUGUGGAUAAACGGCGGAAGUGGUCAGGUCGGACCAUAAUCUAAAACAACGACACACCCAGGCUGUCACGAGCGCAGCAGGCAGAUUAUAUUCAACAGGACGGAGCUAUACUUUCUCCGGUUGGACUGAUUUUCUGCUCAGCAGUCGAAUUCUCUGAAAAUUGCAUUUAGGCUACCGCUGUCUGUUCUGUGUGCUCUAACCUAAAGUCUCAUACAUCGCCUUGGACCUCAGUGAGAGGGGAUUGGGACCAAAUAUGGUGUCCAUUCUGAGCGAGUGGUUCUGGAAUGAGCGGCUGUGGUUCCCUGAGGGGCUGGGUUGGGCUGACCUGGAGGACAAAGAUGGCCGUGUCUACGCCAAGGCCAGCGACCUUUGGGUGGUGCUACCCAUCGCCCUAGCCUUCCUCGUAAUACGACAUAUCUUCGAGAGGUUAGUGGCCACCCCACUGGCUGCUGUCAUGAGGGUGAAGGAGAAAGUUCGGCUCACAGUGUCACACAACCCCACACUGGAGUCAUUCUACUGUAACACAACCAAGAACCCCUCACAGAGUUCUAUAGACAGUCUGUGUAAGCAGACAGGUUGUUCAGAGAGACAGGUGCAGAGAUGGUUCAGGAGACGCAGGAACCAGGACCGACCCAGUCUACUGAAGAAGUUCAAAGAGGCCAGUUGGAGAUUCACCUUUUACCUUCUUGCUUUCAUUGCUGGCCUAGCUGCCCUCAUUGACAAACCCUGGCUGUAUGACUUUAAGGAGAUGUGGCAGGGCUUCCCUAUUCUGACUCUCCUGCCGUCUCAGUAUUGGUACUAUAUGAUAGAGCUGGGUUUCUACGUCUCUCUAAUCUUCAGUGUGGCGUCAGACGUCAAACGUAAAGACUUUAAGGAGCAGAUGGUUCACCAUAUGGCCACCAUCUUCCUCAUCAGUUUCUCCUGGUGUGUCAACUACAUCAGAGCGGGCACGCUCAUCAUGCUGCUGCACGACUCCUCCGACUAUUUACUGGAGUCCGCUAAGAUAUUCAUCUAUGCUGGAUGGAGAAACACCAGUAACUACGUCUUCUUCCUCUUCGCUACCGUCUUCAUCUUCACUAGACUUUAUAUCUUCCCCUUCUACAUCAUUUAUUCUACGUACAUUUAUCCAAUGACUAUGUACUCUCCGUUCUUUGGAUACUACUUCCUGAAUUUCCUUAUGAUGGUGCUGCAGUGUCUCCAUAUCUUCUGGGCCAUCCUCAUUCUGCGUAUGGCCGUCCGCUUCCUGAGCAGCGAUGAAAAGGUGGAGGACGAGAGGAGCGAUAAAGAAGAGACAGACGAGUCAGGGGAGGAAGAGGAGGGGGUGGAGAAGAAAGGCGCGGUGCAGAAUGGUCACGCCGCUCACAACAACCACCGCAAGACGGAGUAAUGAAAACGUGUUCCCGAAAGUAAGAGUGUGAAGAAUUCACAUCCCUCACUCAGCAGAGUGGGAGAGAUGGAGGGAAGGGGAAAGGGAGAGAGUGGUAGGGAAAAUGGAUGAAGGAGAAGGAAAGGCAUUCCUAAAGCCUGAGAACUACAGGUAGACCUGUGCCUGUGGAUAGAUACACUGUACUACAUUACAAACACUCAAUCACACACACAAUUUUGGAUAUACUACAUUAAUUGGCAUGGACCUGUUAUUAUAGUCCAUUAAUAACACACACACACACACACACACACACACACACGGGUAAUUCUCACGAAACUGUAAAAACAAAUACAUUUAGUAAUUUUACACAAAAUGUCCUCUUGAAUAACUGAGAUUAGGAUCUAUAUGUAUCUAUUUCAUAAUUAGUAUUCGUUUUUGAUCAGAUAUUAUGCAUUCUACCAACAUUUUCACAAAAUUCUCAUUCGUUUUUGAAGUCCAAAAAAGUUAUCAAUAUUUAUAAUAUUUUUUUUAACAUUGCUCCCCUAAUGAAAAUGCCUGAGUUAAAUAUGACACUGAAAAUACAAAUAUUUUAAAUGACAAUUAUUAUAAAAUUUAAAUCAGACUUUUCCCCAAUUUGAGCUCUUUAGCUGUUUUCUAAGGACUACUCUAGAUGAUGCAUCAUGGGUGAAGAAAUGUUUAUUUAAAAACAGGAGUUUUAUAGGAACUUGAAAAAAAUGGUAACGAGACAUAUCCACAGACACUGCUUGUAUGUAAUAAAUAUUAUAGUUUAAUGUAAACUUCAACUAGUAUACCAUUUUUAUAAUUUAUGGACAAACUACAGCAACAUAUUUUGUUUUAUUUAAAUAAGUUAGGUUUUUCUAAAGAUGUAUUUUUAUAAAAUUAUGAAUUUAAUCAGGACGCAUUUCAGUAAUGAAAAUGUAUUUUUUAUUUUUUUUACAUGACACUUUCCCCUAAAACUAGGCAUCUUAGUCCUCAGAAUGAUAGUUUUUUGCAGAUGCAUCAUAGUUUUGUAAUUCAAUUUGUUCCAGACAUUUUAAAACUGGUUUCAUGAGAAUAACUGGUUUAACUGGUUAAUAAACGAUGUAAUCAUGUUUAUAAGCAGCUUAUAAGCAGUCCUUCAAACGAAGUGUUAAAUCGUUUUUUGGGUAUAUUGAGAUUCUGCUGAUUCUGAAUGAUGCUCUCCUUCCUCUGCUGAUUCAUGUUUAUGUGCCAGUGGUAACGCUCUGUCUGUAGACACUCUCCGUUGACAUUGGAGAGGAAAAUACUUUUUAUCAAACAGUUUUAUCAUGUUUUUGCUCUGUAUGUGCGUGACUAAUUCAGUAUAUCUUCUGAAUAUCAUUGACAUCUUACCAAGGUCACACAGGCAGAACUUUAUUUUCAGUAUAUUUCAAUAGUUUUUGCAAAAACAAAAAUUGCCAUUGUAAAUGUAAAGGCAAAAAAACAACAACAGUCCAGCCAGUCAGGAUCCCAAAUAGAAUGAUAGAAUAUAUAUAUAUUUUUUUUUAAAUAAAUAUUUUAACUGUUUUCCAGUCUAGACCAGUUAAGACCAGUAUGGACCAGUUGUGGUUUCAUUCCAGUGUGGUAUGACGCAUGUCAUCGACUAGAGAUGCAUUCAACUCCGCUAACGAUUAUGAAGCUCCCAACUCUGAGCGCCCACCAACAAUCCAAUUCACCAAGAAUGUUUGACAACAGGAGCGAACUGUUCUAUUCUAUUGAAAACACUUGAUUGUGUACUCUUUCUUCCAACAAUGACCUUGUAAGGAUGAAAGUUUUCUGCAAAUGUUUGCAGAGUUGAAUGCCAGUUUGGUUUGGUCCAGUCCAGUUCAAUCUGUUUCUGGGCACAAUGAUCCAGUAGAAUCCUAACACACACUGAUGAUAUCAUGCCUCAUGAUGGAUAUUCAUCGGGGGCCUGGAUUGGUUGGUCAGAACAGGACAUUUCUUCUCAGGAGACUGGAAAGGGCCAUUGUAAUUUAGGCUUUAUUUAGGGCAGAUAGAUUAUCCCGUGUGUGUGGUAUGUGUUUUUUUGUUAUUUUAGAGUGAUUUGAGGUAUGAUUCCUAUGAGAAACAGGUUUACAGUCAUGUUUCAUGUUUGACAUCAUUGUUUCAGAAAAGUUUGGAUUUUUCUUGAGUUUGGAUUUUAGCAACUCAAUUGCUCAGUAAGCAAAAGUAUGAUAAAUGGAACAAUGGAAGUAUUGUAUUUUUAUCAUUAUAUAUUUUCAAUUGUUGUUGUAUGUUAAGUGCCUUAUCUGUAAUGUAUGGGAUAGCCUACCCUCUCACCUUUCUACCUUCUUCAGUUCCUCUCAUCCUCAUUCAUCCUUUCUCCCUCUUUCUUUUCCUUCUUAUUGUUCCAUAUGUCCCCCACUCCUUCUACUCAUCCAUCUCCUCCUCCUCCCUUAUUCUGAGAUCCUCCCCUCACAGCCUUUCACAUCCCCAUUCCAACCCUCGUUCAUUUGUACUAACCUUGACCAAUCUUCCUCUCUUCCCCCGUCGCUUUGGAAAAAGAACAGUCAUGUAAUUACAGUGUUAUUUUUUUGUUUGUAUUAUGAUGCUUAAGUAUUAUCAUUAAUAAUAAAAACAACGAUCAUGAAUCACUACGCCAAA